GCUUACUUGUGGGUUCAAGAGUCUUCUGCGAGAACUGAGUACAUUCUAGACGUCUUUAUACUUUAUACUUCCAUUCCUAUAUAAGUUUGCCAAGUCUUAAGAAGUACCCCUGGUCCAGUAAGGUACUUGUAAUAACAAACUACUCAUAAGAAUUUCCUUAUCAUCGCAUCGCAAAUACAUCAUGGUCAUGGGCAUGGCUUUAAGGAACGCAGCUAUGGCCAAAAGACUUAAAGAAGUGAUGCCUCUUUUAGGGCGAUCAAACCGCACCAUAACGACAUCAACACCAAAAACGAACUCAUAUGCACCUACAUUAGAGCCUGAAGAGGCAAACUUAAGGGUAUCCCAUUCCAAUCCUAAAAAUAGAAAGAGCCUUAAAGAAGAAUUACUACCAAAAGGGAAACCAAUAAGUGACUACGUACCAGUAUACGUGGCAUUGGGUAUGAUAGGGGUGUCCUUAAGUUUAGGGCUCUACACAGCCAAGCAGGAAUUGUUACAUUCCCCUCAAGUAUUUGUUAAGAAGAGUAGAAGAGAAACAAUACCUGAAGUUGUUGAACCUGAAGACGUUGCUCAUCAUUCUCAGGAUUUUGUUAAUAAAUCUUUGUUUAGGAAAGUUGCUCAUAUUCAAGAGGGUAAAACUCCUAUUAUUCAAUCUCUUCAAGGAAAUACUCUUACAAGGGAGCACCGGGUGGAGUCAUUGAAAACUGUGGGAGUUGACUCUGUUUAGUCUUAAUCAUCAACACAAUAUUUUGCUAAUUGUGCAAUAUUAAUUCAUGGAUGAUCUUUCUUUCGAAUUAACAAGGAUGUUAUAAUUACGUUUGUUGUCAUAUCUAAUACUUGUACAUCUACACAUAUAAAUGUGUAAUAUUUAUAUAUAUGCGAUUUACAUAUAUUAAUUGUAUUUUAAUCGCCUAAUUAUUUAUAAUAUGUUCAUUAAAUAUAAAAGUUUUAAGUAUAAAUAUAGCAAAUUAGGUAUAAUGGAUGAAAUAUUUAUUAAGCUCAUAUUAUUGUGCAUUUUCGAGUCAAAGCUU